UGGUGCUUCGGCAUGUUGAGGAACAGCAGAACCCCAGUCGCUUCACUUAACAGCUGGACUUCAUUAAUUAAUAAUCCAUAAUUGCUUUGUGAGUUAUGUGCUGUGUCUCACUACAUCAGGACAGUGAAGACUUAUUUGGUCCAAAUGACCUGCAGGCCUUUACAGCGGCACGGCAAUAAAUCGCAUUGAUUACUUUGGUCGGGAUAUAAAGUUAGCAGUGACCUAGAUUUCUCAAACCACAGCGUCCGGUCGAAUGAAGAACAGCAGCCUCUUUCAGAUAAUUGUUAGAUGUAUCUUGAUCAUGCCACCAACAUGACCAACGCUUUUUCCUCAUUCAGUGUUUUUAUAUCUUUUAGAAAAGUGAUUAUUUCAAAUGCAGCAGUGAUGUCCGUGUGAGGAUGGGCGACUGGAACUUUCUGGGAGGGAUUCUGGAGGAGGUUCACAUCCACUCCACUAUGGUGGGGAAGAUCUGGCUCACCAUCCUCUUCAUCUUCCGCAUGCUGGUGCUGUGUGUGGCGGCCGAGGACGUGUGGAACGACGAGCAGUCCGACUUCAUCUGUAACACGGAGCAGCCCGGCUGCCGCAACGUUUGCUACGACCGCGCCUUCCCCGUCUCCCUGAUCCGCUACUGGGUCCUGCAGGUCAUCUUCGUGUCCUCGCCCUCGCUGGUCUACAUGGGCCACGCCAUCUACCAGCUGCGCGCCCUGGAGAAGGAGCGUCACUGCAAGCGUGUGGCUCUCCGGAGCGAGCUGGAGACGAUGGAGGCAGAGCUGGCGGAGGCUCGGCGGCGGGUGGAGCGGGAGCUGCGGCAGCUGGAGCAGGGGAAGCUCAACAAGGCUCCGCUCCAGGGCCCACUGCUGCAGACCUACCUGGCGCACAUCGUGACCCGCUCCGUGGUGGAGGUGGGCUUCAUGACGGGCCAGUACCUGCUCUACGGACACCACCUGGAGCCUCUGUACAAGUGCGAGCGGGAGCCGUGUCCCAACGUGGUGGACUGCUUCAUCUCGCGACCCACCGAGAAGAGCGGCUUCAUGGUGUUCAUGCAGGGCAUCGCCGCCACGUCCCUGUUCCUCAGCCUGCUGGAGAUCCUGCACCUGGCCUACAAGAAACUGAAGAAGGGGCUUCUGGACUACUAUCCUCACCUGAAAGACGACCUGGGCGACUAUUACGGUGCCAAGAAGAACUCUGUGGUGCAUCAGGGGCGCAUCCCGACGGCGCCCAGCGGAUUCGCUCCGCUCCUGGAGAAACAGGGCAACGGACCCACAAACCCCGUGCUCAUUAACCCCUCGUCUGCGUUUGUGCCCAUCCAGGGCGUGUCGGACGUGCAGCGGGAGAACAAGGACAUCGUUCCCGGUCUGCUGGAGCGCAACAGCAAUUCAAACAACGCUUGCAGCGAGACUCGCUCCCCUGUCACACACACGCGGUUCCCAUUGGAGUCGGAGAGCGCAGGCUUCAGCAGCCUCCUGAUAACGGACCCGCGCAAGCAGCGGCGAGCCAGUCCGGCCUGGAACUGCAGCAGGUGGAAGGGAACGGCUCGGACAGCGGAGACGGCGGCAGGGCCGACCUGAGGGCCGGCGGGACACAAACACCGGACUCUGAGCCCAGCUCUGGCUCACGGGAACAUGGUUCUGUAGAAAGUCCCUCCUUCUCACCCAGUCGGCAACGAACUUCACUGGCGAGCAGCAGCAGACGAGCAGCCAGCGACCUGCAGAUCUGAGGGUCUGUUUCUCACAGUAAUUACAAGCUGUUCUCUUUAGUCUUAAUCAAAGGGAUAGCAGUGUUUCCCAUUCAUUAACUAGGCGGCCCGCCACAGUCUAAUCUGUCCCGCCACAGUUUCAUAAUAAACCGAAGAUAUAUUUAUUCUUCUCAUAUAACAUUAAAGUUCUUUAACGUUGUGUUUCACGCCAUUGCUUUGGCAAGUAUCCGUCAAACGAAUUAAAACCGAAAGCGUAAUAUGACUUAUCAAGUCUGUUUGUGCUGCUUGUUUCGAAGUGAAGCGCACACUUUGCACACGCGAUCGGCUCGUGAUCCGGUGUUUUCCGCGUCUCAGAGCAGCUCCGUUCACACUGACUGCAGUGAACUCCGUUAUUGAAUGUGC